AUGGCUCUGCGCACUUAUGGAGACAAACCCAUCAGUUUCCAAGUUGAGGAAAAUGGCGAAUAUUACUGCAUCGGAUCAGAAGUCGGCAAUUACCUGCGCCUCUUCCGCGGAUCCUUGUACAAGCGAUACCCUGGCAUGUUCAGGAGAUCCAUAACUAACGACGAACGUAAAAAGCUAGUGGAGCUCGGACUGAGUCAACACGUUCUUGCGUCCAGCGUCUCGCUAUUGAGAGCCAGCGAAGUAGAAGAUAUCAUUGAAGGCAACGAUGACAAAUACAAAGCAGUAUCUGUUCACUCGACCGAACCACCAGCACCCCGCGAAGGCAAGUCCAAAAAGUCAAUGGCAUGGGUACCCAGUCUGCCGAAUAGUUCACACCUGGACGCAGUGCCUCAAGCUACGCCAAUAAAUCGCAACAGAGUACACAAUAAAAAAGUUAGGACGUUUCCAUUAUGUUUUGACGACACAGACCCGACGGCAAAUCUAGAAAAUGCAGCGCAGCAAGAAAUGCUCGUUCCAAUUCGCCUAGAUAUGGAGAUUGAGGGACAGAAAUUAAGGGACACUUUUACCUGGAAUAAAAAUGAAAGUCUCAUAACGCCCGAGCAGUUCGCCGAGGUAUUGUGCGACGAUUUAGACCUGAAUCCAUUAACGUUUGUUCCUGCGAUCGCGCAGGCGAUAAGACAGCAGAUAGAAGCGUUCCCGCAGGAGGCAAUUCUGGAGGAUCAGUGCGAUCAGCGAGUGAUAAUUAAAUUGAACAUUCACGUGGGCAACACAUCUUUGGUGGAUCAAGUGGAAUGGGACAUGUCCGAGAAGGAGAACAAUCCUGAGAAAUUCGCGAUGAAGCUCUGCGCGGAACUCGGCCUCGGCGGAGAAUUCGUCACUGCUAUCGCUUACAGUGUACGUGGACAAUUAUCGUGGCAUCAGAGGACAUACGCAUUUUCCGAAGCGCCGUUGCCCACCGUAGAGGUUCCCUUCAGACCACCGUCAGAAGCCGAUCAAUGGGCACCAUUUCUGGAGACCUUGACAGACGCGGAAAUGGAAAAGAAGAUACGCGAUCAAGAUCGCAAUACUCGACGUAUGCGGCGUUUAGCGAACACAACGCCUGGUUGGUAGACAGCGAAUAUAUAAAAAAAAAGGAAAUCUUCCAUACAAUUCGUAUUUUUUAAUUGAUACCAUCAAUAAUGCUCUCAUACUUUCGUACGUUCUGAUAUUUAUAAGAUUUAUAAAGACGACAUAUAUAAUUUUUAUCUUAUCACCCUAUCUAUUGUAGGACUUAAAAUAUGCGGAAAUAACUAUUUCUAAAAAUAAUGGAUGCGUAGCUGCAUUUAUGAAAAUGUGACUAUAUAUUUUUUAUGAUCCAUCACGUGUUCGUGGAACAUCCCACCGUUCUCUUACAAGGUUCUCCGAAUUUUCAACUCGUUUUAAAUUGGCUUUCCCCUUUUCAUUCAUAUCUAUGUCAGAAACUUACAAUUUCGUAGUAUAGAGUUCGAUCGUAUCGAGCAUCGAUCUGUACGUGUACGUCAUAACGGCGAUGAGUACUCUUAUCUGUUAUCGUACGUAUAUAAAAAGCAUAAUCGAUAACAAAUAUUGGUACACUUAUGUAACACUUAUUUUAAUUGAGAGCUCUCAAGUAUCGUAACUUAGGAAUAAGAAUGUACUAAUAUUAUAUUAUAAUAUUAUAGUAUUAUUAU